AUGUGCCCAAAGUGCUGGGAGAUAGAAGGUUCUCCUCCACCAAUGGCUGCAUCCGUCGUCGCCGUGAGCUCCCUGAGCGUCUCUCGCAGCGCAUCCGUCGGCGUCGUCUCGACGCUCGGAUCGGAGGUGCUCUCGUCAUCGUCACUAAAUCGCCACGUGUCCACCAGUCCCGUUAUUCGUAGAAGAAACGCGGCUUUCGCGAUUCGUGCUCAGAUCGACGACCAAGACUCGCAGUCUACAUCGCGAGAUUCCUGGCCCACACAUGCGGCGCUAUCCGGAGCGAAGCUCCUCGCAGCGGCGGCGAUCGCGGGCUCUCUCGCACUCGGCGCCGUGGGGCUGCCGCCGGACGCAGCGCAGGCGGCGCUGAACCGCUUUGAGGCGGAGACGCGCGGGGAGUUCGGCAUCGGCUCCGCCGCGCAAUACGGCUCCGCGGAUCUGAGGAAGACGGUACACCGCAACGAGAACUUCCGCCGCGCCAACUUCACGUCGGCGGACAUGCGCGAGGCGGACUUCAGUGGGAGCGUGUUCGCGGGAGGGUACCUGGAGAAGGCCGUUGCUUACCGCACCAACUUCGAGGGAGCGGACUUCACAGACGCGCUUAUGGACAGAAUGGUGCUGAACGAGGCGAAUCUGAAGGACGCGGUGCUGCUGCGGGUGGUGCUCACUCGCUCUGACCUGGGAGGGGCCAUUGUGGACGGCGCUGACUUCAGCGACGCUAUCCUUGACCUGCCACAGAAGCAGGCACUGUGCAAGUAUGCCAAGGGAGAGAACCCAGUGACAGGCAUGGACACGAGGAGGAGCCUUGGUUGCAGUAACCGCAGGGGAAAUGCAUACGGCUCGCCGUCAUCCCCUUUAUUGAGUGAUGCACCGAAGAAGUUUCUAUCCCGCGAUGGAUUUUGUGACGAUAGUACAGGUCUGUGCAAUGCUUCUAUGUAA